AUGUCACACCUACAACUCCUCCUGAUGCAGCUCCACGUCCCCCUCCGGCUGCCCAUCCACCCCGUAUCAGUCGACAUGAGGGACAAACUCGAUGCCAAAAGUGCAAAAUAUGGAAGGAUAAGGUGGAGUUUUCCAAAGAGGACAGCAAUUUGGCUCCCUACAAGACCUGCAGUACUUGUCGAGAGGCGUCAAGGGCUGCAUAUCACCGUCACCUGCACAUACUGCAAAGAAAGAUGGUUUGGAAUGCAGGUGGAGGGAGGACGUCGCACACGUUGCCGAGCAAAUCCAGCAAAAUGGACUGCAGAGAAUAACAUGGACCCAGGCAAGUCACUUCAAGAACUGUGCCAGGACGCAGGAAUGGUUGUCCCGGAAACUCCUUCCCAAGUGGAGGAGAUGUUGCUAUCACCAUACCAUGUUCUACUACAAACAUGGCGUGUUGGAGGUGGUCAGACAAAGUACGGUGGUCAUACCUGUCUUUAUGUUCACGAUCGUGGCCGCUUUCUCUCUCGUCUCCCUCUCACUGUCACGGAGCUAGACAUCUUGAUCAUCAAACCACCUACCCAUCAAUCCCAUCCACACGACUCAAGUGAGGAAUUCUCCCGCCGCCCAGAAUUCCAGGUCAAACGCUCCCGUAUACUUGCAAACCUGCAUGCACUCCAACGAUUCCAUCCAGAUUACAGGAACAUACAGAUUGACUGGGAUGCUCUCAACCAACUCCCUAUCAACGGAUCAGUCCUCCAUCAGCUGCGGUCUGUGGUAGUUGACAAUACUCCGGACACCCCGGUCAACCCUCACCCUGGACCAUCAGAUGAAGAGUUGCCUGAGGAGGAUUCAAUCACUGAAGGUGUCAUCCCCAACCUUGGUGAGGUGGAUAAUGUCAUUGAGGAUGUGCGUGAGGCUCUCAAUGAAGUCGCUGGAAACGCUCCCAUGGCAUUGCCUCUUGUCCUCACUGGUCCAAUGCUACAAUCAACACCAGUCAAUGAGCAUGAUAUCAGUAACCCGUUCUUGACAAGGGCAUUCCCCUUCCUCUUUCCUACUGGGCAAGCAGACCUCAAUCAACCUCGGUCUAUCAAAGUACGAGAUGCCGACUACUUCAGACAUCUUCUGAGGUACAAGGAUGGACGUUUUGCACAGCAUCCUCGAUUUCGGUAUUAUGCGUUCAAUUGUGUCAUGCGCUGGCGAGCCAAACGUCUCUCUGGCUUCUAUGUCAGCCGCAACGAUGAGGAUCGGGCACUUUCAGCUGCAGAUAUAGCUGCCAUGCUGAGAAGAUCGCUGAAGUUCUUCAGCGAUCCUUGA